AUGGCGGCAUUCAAGAUUGAGGGUGAUCUUAAAGCCCAAUGGAUCGAGGCUUGCAAGGACAUCCCGAGAAUUGGGUCUCAGUCCGGCUAUACGCUCAAAAAAGAUACUGAGGUCAUGCUGGACCUUGAAGCAUGGCUAAAAAGUUUUGACUCAAAGAAAAGCGACGAAAACUUCGCUACAGUAUGUGGCAUUGUCGGGCGCAACAUAGAGACGAUCCAGUCUGUUCUUCAAGCUAUUGGCUUUGCUGUUGACAUGACUGCCAUAGCCUUCCCACUCAUUUCACCUGCAACGUUGGUCGUUAACGUAUUUGCAUGGCUGUUUGGCUCUUUAGCAGCGGUUUCAGAGAGGUUCGAUGAGAUCGCAGGCUUAUUCAAAAGGAUUGGCCAGAAGUUCGACGAUCUAUCGAUUAUCAAAGAACAUCUAAAAAAGGACAUUCGAACUGACCUCCAAAAACGCAUAGUUGAUCUCUUCAUCAGUUGUUUGAACAUUUACCGUGUCGCCAGCGAGGAAUUGAAAAAAGGGUCGAGCAAAGACGGCAUGAAACCCGCGAUGUUGGCCUUCGAGGAUGCCUCAGAGGCACUUAAAAACUUCUUUCCCAUUGCGACUUUCGGCAGCGUCGAGACCUUGAUUAGAAACCACGAGGAACUGAGCCUCCGUGCGAACCGUGACGAGAUACUCGAUUGGCUCAGCAAACUCCCUUACCAAGAAUUGCACGAUUGGAAUCGGAAAGGGAUUGAAGAGACGGAUGACCCUAGUAGAUUUGGCAAGUGGUUAUUGAAUUCUCACUUUUUCAAGGAUUGGGAAGAAGGUGACGUUGAUAAGAUUUGGUAUACUGGAAAUCCUGGUGCUGGGAAGAGUGUCCUGGCAUCGAUUAUCAUCAACCAUCUACAGACACUGAAAAGAUCAGUAGCUUACCUAUAUCUUUCUUACACAUCGACACCUCAGGUCAAAGACCUUCUAGGGAGCAUAGUGCGCCAGCUUCAACCAGAGGAUGGCAUUCAUCCAGACAUCGUCGCAGAGUUUGAAAGAGCUAGAAAAAAUGGGAAAUUCGCGGGCGAGAUUCAGUCCUUGACUGAAAAUGGAAUCAGUCGUCUGCUCACUGCAAUUUGUCAAGGCAAGGCCAUAUUCAUCAUUGUUGAUGCUCUGGAUGAGUUUGAUUUCGACUACCGUGGGAAACUGCUUAAACAUCUCACAAAUCUUGGUCCCUGUGUGAAGAUAUUGGUAACUUCACGAGUUCUACGACAUUUGGAGGCCCUUCAGACCGGGUUUUCCACUGCCAAGAUCGAAGCGAAUGAUUUGGACAUGGAUGAGUACAUUCGCUGCCAGCUUGACUCCAAAGUCUCCGAGAGCAUGUUUCGAGACAAAUGUGAGAGAAUUCAGGAUAUGAUCAAGCAAAAGUCCGGGAGAAUGUUCAUUAUUGUCAGGCUCCACGUCAAAGCUGUUCUUUCAGCUGGUAAUCCAGCAGAAUUGGAAGAUAUUUUGACUUCCCUGCCAGCAGAUCUUAAUGGCAACUACAAGAAAGCUAUGGAAAGGAUACGCAAGCAAGCAAAUGACGUGAAAUCCCGCGCUGAGUCGGUUCUAGCCUGGAUAGCUUUCGCCCAGCGCCAACUCACCGAGAAGGAGCUCUACGACGCACUUGCUAUCAGAGAGAAGAACGAAGCGGGCAGCCGAGAGCCUCUCAAGUCCUACAGACGCACAGAUGUUAUAUCCGAAUGCCAAGGUCUUGUCAUUGUGGACUCGGAGCAUUUGGUCCGCUUUGUUCACAGAUCUGCGCGGGAAUACUUUGACAACCACAAAAAAUCUGAACUACCUGAUUCGGACAAACAAAUCACAAUCGACUGCGUCAAAUACCUAUCUGUUGUGGCUACUGCCCCCCAAAAGCGAGAAGCUUCCGGCGUGCAUGUGUAUGCGAAGGAAUGUUCAGUUCUAGACGGUAUCGAGAAAGAUUACUGGCUCAUCAAAUAUGCCGGUGCAUUCCUUCAUAAGCAUCAUCGCAAAAUUCGUGAUGGUGAGAGGGAUGAGAAGCUUUUGGACGCCAUUGAAAAAUUCGUCACUUGCAAAAGGACCAGAGCUCUAUACGGCCGCCUGCUUUGCAGGUAUAAGGGGUAUGAUAGCAAGUCUAUAUUCACCAACAGGGGUAAGAAACUUGAUUCGAAGUACAGUGACUGGGGUUCAUUCUCUCCACUGCAAGUUGCGGUGUAUCUGGGGAAUGUCGAGAUUGUGCAAAUCAUGAUUGGCCGGGAAGCUAAGAUUGAUGUCACCGAUCCUUAUGGAAGAACACCCUUGGAAGUCGCUAUUGAUUGUGGACUCGAUUCAGUUGCGGGCGUUCUUCUACAACACGGCGCUAGGGUCGAUUUAAAAACUCAAAAGGGACAUUUCAUACUUCAACACGCCAUGGAGAGGAGUUACUGGACUGUCGUUCGCCAAAUUAUUGGCCACUCAGGGCCUGCCCUGCCAGAUGGCAAUUUUCUCCAGAUCAUUGGCUUGGUUAUCAUGGUCAUUUUUGCACAGCUUCAAUUCCUGAUGAGUCUUUUUGCUACGGGAAGUUUCACAACCUCGCAUUCAACACCGAAAGUUCAUGAAGGUUCGCACCCUGAAUUUGAUCCGCUACAGAAAUAUCGAGCGUUGCUUCAACACUCCUACGAGGGAAAUGCUGAUGGUCUGAGACAUCUUUUGGACCGCAAGGCCGCCGAUCCCAUAGCAGUUGAAUUAGUAUCGUCCAGCUAUGACGAUAGCGACUCUGAGACAGGCGACUCUGACGACUUUGAUGCAGGCUACUUUGACGACUCUGAGACUGGCGACUCUGAGACUGGCGACUCUGAGACUGGCGACUCUGAGACUGGCGACUCUGAGACUGGCGACUCUGAGGCCGGCGACUCUGAGACUGACAAAGGUGGCAGCACGAAAGAAAGCGACCUUCGUCAUGCAAAUGACUCGCGCGAGCUCAAUGAACUUAGGAGAGCAUUCCUCAAGUCAGCUUGCUUCCUCGCAGUUGAGAGAGAUAACUGCUCAGCCGUCAGUGUGUUUUUGAAUUCUGGCGUGUCAGAGAAUUUGACAAAUCUUUCGGGGCAAUCGCUUCUCCAUCGGGCGACCUUCAGAAAUAACGAAGAGCUUGUCAAAAGUCUCCUUCAGCGAGAUGUAAUUGUUGACCAGAGAGAUGAGAAUGGAAGAUCAGCUCUUACAGCUUAUGCUGACCCCAAAAGGCGGCAAGUUCUUGAACUUCUACUUGAAAAAGGAGCAGACAUAAACUUGAGGCAAAAAAGUGACAUCCAUGAACUUUAUGAAGCGGCCGUCUUCGGUGCUCAAGCCGCUGUUGACUUUUUCCUUAAUCAGAAUGUUGACCCAUCGAUCGCCAACUAUUAUGGGUGGACACCUCUUCACGGCGCUGCGGCUAAUGGACACUACGAAAUUGUUAAGCAUCUUGUCCAGCAGGGAGCUGAGCCUUCACCGCUCUCAGAUACAUUUAAAACUCCUCUGGACUUUGUCACCGAGGGACGGAAGCACUACGACCGUAUCCUGACUGGUUGGGGCCAGUAUGCUGCUCAGGUAAUCGCCACCAAAGAGCGAAGUCCCGCGGUCGAGGCCGAGAACCGGGAUGAAAUUGCUAAUUAUUUGCGAGUACAUGGAGCAAGACAUGCUAAAGAUAUAUGCGAUAUCGACAGAGACUUUGAAUAUAAGGACGACUCCGUGAUGGACGAUUGGUGGGAUGCAAAGUGGAGGCAUUGGGCAAAAUUGAGAAGAAGCUGGGAGACUAUAGAGGAGUGA